AUGGAAGAAAACAUUGAUAUCCAGCAUUUGUCUGAUAUUGGUGUAUUGGUAGAUAACGAUGUUCCUGAGAACAAACAAAUGAUUGCAAUUGGUGACAGGCCUAAUCCUAACAAUAUAGAUAACGAUGUUCCUGAGAACAAACAAAUGGUUGCAAUUGGUGACAGGCCAAAUCCUAACAAUAUAGAUAACGAUGUUCCUGAGAACAAACAAAUGGUUGCAAUUGGUGACAGGCCUAAUCCUAACAAUAUAGAUAACGAUGUUCCUGAGGACCAACAAAUGAUUGCAAUUGGUGACAGGCCUAAUCCUAACAAUAUAGAUAACGAUGUUCCUGAGGACCAACGAAUGGUUGCAAUUGGUGAUAGGCCUAAUCCUAACAAUAUAGAUAACGAUGUUCCUGAGAACAAACAAAUGGUUGCAAUUGGUGACAGGCCUAAUCCUAACAAUAUAGAUAACGAUGUUCCUGAGAACAAACAAAUAAUUGCAAUUGGUGAUAGGCCUAAUCCUAACAAUAUAGAUAACGAUGCUCCUGAGAACCAACAAAUGAUUGCAAUUGGUGACAGGCCUAAUCCUAACAAUAUAGAUAACGAUGCUCCUGAGAACAAACAAAUGGUUGCAAUUGGUGACAGGCCUAAUCCUAACAAUAUAGAUAACGAUGCUCCUGAGAACCAACAAAUGGUUGCAAUUGGUGACAGGCCUAAUCCUAACAAUAUAGAUAACGAUGCUCCUGAGAACCAACAAAUGGUUGCAAUUGGUGACAGGCCUAAUCCUAACAUAAUAGAUAACGAUGCUCCUGAGAACCAACAAAUGGUUGCAAUUGGUGACAGGCCUAAUCCUAACAUAAUAGAUAACGAUGCUCCUGAGAACCAACAAAUGGUUGCAAUUGGUGACAGGCCUAAUCCUAACAAUAUAGAUAACGAUGUUCCUGAGAACCAACAAAUGGUUGCAAUUGGUGACAGGCCUAAUCCUAACAAUAUAGAUAACGAUGCUCCUGAGAACCAACAAAUGGUUGCAAUUGGUGACAGGCCUAAUCCUAACAUAAUAGAUAACGAUACUCCUGAGAACCAACAAAUGGUUGCAAUUGGUGACAGGCCUAAUCCUAACAAUAUAGAUAACGAUGUUCCUGAGAACCAACAAAUGGUUGCAAUUGGUGACAGGCCUAAUCCUAACAAUAUAGAUAACGAUGCUCCUGAGAACCAACAAAUGGUUGCAAUUGGUGACAGGCCUAAUCCUAACAAUAUAGAUAACGAUGUUCCUGAGAACCAACAAAUGGUUGCAAUUGGUGACAGGCCUAAUCCUAACAAUAUAGAUAACGAUGCUCCUGAGAACCAACAAAUGGUUGCAAUUGGUGAUAGGCCUAAUCCUAACAAUAUAGAUAACGAUGUUCCUGAGGACCAACAAAUGAUUGCAAUUGGUGAUAGGCCUAAUCCUAACAAUAUAGACAACGAUGCUCCUGAGAACCAACAAAUGGUUGCAAUUGGUGACAGGCCUAAUCCUAACAAUAUAGAUAACGAUGUUCCUGAGGACCAACAAAUGAUUGCAAUUGGUGACAGCCCUAAUCCUAACAAUAUAGAUAACGAUGCUCCUGAGAACCAACAAAUGGUUGCAAUUGGUGACAGGCCUAAUCCUAACAAUAUAGAUAACGAUGCUCCUGAGAACCAACAAAUGGUUGCAAUUGGUGACAGGCCUAAUCCUAACAAUAUAGAUAACGAUGUUCCUGAGAACAAACAAAUGGUUGCAAUUGGUGACAGGCCUAAUCCUAACAAUAUAGAUAACGAUGCUCCUGAGAACCAACAAAUGGUUGCAAUAGGUGACAGGCCUAAUCCUAACAUAAUAGAUAACGAUGCUCCUGAGAACCAACAAAUGGUUGCAAUUGGUGAUAGGCCUAAUCCUAACAAUAUAGAUAACGAUGCUCCUGAGAACCAACGAAUGGUUGCAAUUGGUGAUAGGCCUAAUCCUAACAAUAUAGAUAACGAUGUUCCUGAGGACCAACCUCCAAACAAUAAAAGAAAAAAGGAGAAGGUCCAUGAGUUAGAGGAAAACGAAAAGAAAGAACAAAUAACAGACAUGAAGGCAAAGACUACGUAA